AAGGGAUCAGCGGUAAACGAGGCCACGCAUUGUCUGCCCCCCGCCCUCCCUCUGCUUGUCAGGAAGCAAGCUGAUUGGCCGAGGCCUAGCAAAGAGCGCCCGGGGAUCCAAAAGUGCAGGCCGCACUUAGCUUACCGUCAAAAAUAAACCAAAACAAUAACAGACAAAACCGACAACGGGGAGAAGCGCCGACAGCGCGAGAAGACGUCGUUAUCAGAGGGAUUGAUUACCUUGAUGGAAGGAACGACAAAAUAUUCCCGGUUAUUUUUAUACUAGUGGUCUUGUCAACAAAUGUGAAGUAAAGACAUGGACCAAGGUGGAGGGGUGUUGGAGCUACACACACAAGAGCUGAAGAUGCCUCAUGCUAUGAUCAUGCAAGACUUUGUUGCAGGUAUGGGAGGUCUAGCUCACAUUGAUGGGGAGCACAUUGUGGUCUCUGUACCUGAGGGGAUGCUUCUCUCUGAUGUGAUGACGGACGAGGGCAUCCUCCUGGAGCACGGGCUUGAGGUGGAAGGCCUGGAGACUCAUGUCGUUGAAGGAUUGGAAACUGAAGUAGUGGAAAGCUUACAUGCUGAUGUAGAGGACUUGGAGGCAGAAGUGGUUGAAGGGUUGCAGACACAGGUGGUAGAGCUAGAGGCUCAGGUGGUUGAGGGCCUGGAGGGUGAAGUCGAAGUAGAGGGGCUGGAAACUGAAGUGGAUGUUGAGGGCCUGGAAGCUCAUGUUGUUGAGGGCCUUGAGGAGGAAGUGGAAGUGGAGGGUUUGGAAGCAGAGGUGGUUGAAGGUCUUGAGGUGGAUGUGGAAAGUCUACAGUCUCAAGGAGUAGAGAGCCACGACAUGAGCAGUGAAGACAUGGUGACCUCAGAACAUAGUGUAAUCAUGCCUGAGAAUAUUCUGGGCACAGAGGUUGCAAUAGAGGAAGCUCUAGACUCACAUCACCACCAUGUCCUAACCUCAGACCUCAUCCAGGACACAAAUCACCACCAUGAUGAGAUGCCAGACCAAGUGUUUGUAGCUGAACUGCUUUCUGAGCACCCGGACAACACCCUAGAUCACCAACUUGUUGCAGAAGGGUUGAUGGUUGCAGAGGAAAAUCCCGAGACCAUUAUCCAUCAGCAACUGCCAACUGAAGCUGUUCCCCUGCAGACAGAUGAAGAGGAUGAUGCUAGAAGUAGCUCUGAAGAUUACCUCAUGAUCUCAUUGGAUGAAGUGGGAGAAAAGCUGGAUAUAGGAGACACUCCCCUUGAAAUCAGUACAGAGGUAAUGGAGGAUAAAGAAUCCAAAGAUGACGAUUGUUCGGAGGUCAUCAAAGUCUACAUUUUUAAAGCUGAAGCAGAUGAUGAUUUAGGUGGAACAGAGGUUAUAACUGAGGAUGAUUAUCAGAAUGGCCAUCCUGAUCUUGAGGCUGCAUCAUCAGGCAGACUGGGAGUUGGCCGUGACAAGAUGGUCUACAUGGCUGUCAAAAACCAUCCUAAGGAAGAAGAAGAACAGGAGGAUGACAGCGAUGAUGAGGACAUUAGUAACUGCGUAGAUGCAGUGAAGAAUGGAACAUCUACACAGUUUUUGCAAAUUCAGGAGGGGCUGAACACCAACCGUGCGCUCAAAGCCAAGGCCAAGAAGAAGAAGAAAGGAGAAACUCGACAGUGUCAGACUGCUGUUAUUAUUGGACCAGAUGGGAUGCCUUUGACUGUCUAUCCCUGCCACAUCUGUGGAAAGAAGUUUCGCUCACGAGGUUUCCUGAAAUGCCAUAUGAAGAACCAUCCUGACCACCUGCUGAAGAAAAAGUAUCAGUGUACAGACUGCGACUUCACCACCAACAAGAAGAUCAGUUUCCACAACCACCUGGAGAGUCACAAGCUACUGAGUCACAACAGUGAGCGAUCUCCUGAAUACACAGAGUAUGCACGACGCUACCACGAGUCCAGUCCCCUGGGAUCGGACAAGCUCAUUGUCAAGGACCGGGAGCCCAAGCUUCAUCACUGCAAGUACUGUGAUUAUGAAACAGCUGAACAGGGCCUGCUCAACCGCCACCUGCUGGCUGUGCACAGUAAGAACUUUGCGCAUGUGUGUGUAGAGUGUGCCAAAGGCUUCCGUCAUCCAUCAGAGCUGAAGAAGCACAUGAGAACCCACACAGGUGAGAAGCCUUACCACUGCCCCCACUGCGAUUUUCGUUGUGCAGAUCAAUCCAACCUAAAAACUCACAUCAAAAGCAAGCACGGUGCAGAUUUGCCUUUCAAGUGCAGCCAUUGCCCACAGGCCUAUGCUGAUGCACGGGAACUCCAGCGUCAUAUAGAAAUAGUGCAAGGCCACAAGACCCAUCAGUGCCCACACUGUGAGCACAAGAGCACCAAUUCCAGUGACCUGAAACGACACAUAAUCUCAGUUCACACCAAGGACUUUCCCCAUCAGUGUGAUGUGUGUGAGAAAGGAUUUCACAGGCCUUCAGAAUUAAAGAAACACGCAGAGACGCACAAGGGCAACAGGGUGCACCAGUGCAGGCAUUGUAACUUCAACGCUCCUGACACCUUCACUUUGAGUCGUCAUAUCCUGUCCUUGCACACAAAGGACUUGCCUUUCAAGUGCAAGCGCUGCCGACGAGGCUUCCGUCAGCCCGCUGAGCUGAAGAAACACAUGAAGACGCACAGCGGUAGAAAGGUUUAUCAGUGCCAGUAUUGUGAGUAUAACAGUACAGACGCUUCUGGCUUCAAACGCCAUGUCAUCUCCAUUCACACCAAGGACUACCCCCACCGCUGCGACUACUGCACCAAGGGCUUUAGGAGGCCCUCAGAGAAGAGUCAGCACAUAGCCAGGCAUCACAAAGACAUGUUAAUGUAAUAUCAUCGCUCACGCUAACAUGCUCCUCUUUUCUGCGAGAAUCUUUCACAAGCCCAGAGGUGAUUUUUAGUGUAUUAACAAGGAAUGGCAGAUGUAGGCUGUUAAUGACAACUCUAAUUUCCAUUCGGUGUUGGAAGCGGGCAUAAACCUCUUCCCCUAUGGGUAAUGCAAACAUGUUUUUAGAUGUGGGUGGGGGAAUUCAGAAACGGACUGUGUACAGUGAGUGGGACAGCUCAAAAUUGUGUUUUGUUUUGUUGCAGAAAAUAACAUAUAUGAACAUAUAUUCAGGGUUUCAAAAGUCUAUAUUUUUAUACCCACCAGCUGUAAUGCUGCAAGAUUAUGACUGUCCUGCAAUACAGAAAGCAGUGCUUUGUGAACGUCAUGUCAGAUCUUCAGAUUUUGUCAGAAUGAGUACGGGAAAGAUUCAACUUUUAUUGUACGUACUUGUAUCUCAUUUCCUUAUUAAUCAGCUUUUACUCAAAAAAAAAAAAAGAAAAAAAAACAUGAUUCAUUGCCCUCAUGUCUUUAAGGGUGGGGUUCAUUCACAAGAUGGUUUGUUUACACACAUUGCACAUUUUGCCAUAUUUCAUCUUCCAUCACAUUUGGGUUUUAUUCAUAGCCUCAACACUCAUAAUGUCAUAUUAAUUACAUUCUAUGUAACACGGGAUAUAUUCUGUCUCUGUAAUAGAAUUUGAAUUUUCCUGCCCAAAUCAGCAGUUAACAAAAAAAGAAGAAAAGGAUGCAGUUGAUGUUUUAGUAAAAUAUCCAUUUAGUAUACAUUUCUGGCACAGAAAUCAAAUAUUCCAGCUAUGAUGACGCCAAUGUUUGUUUUUUAAAAAAUGUAUUGUAUGAACUUGACGGGGUUGACUUCACCUUUCCUCACACCUGAAGUGGUUGUAAUCAGACUACAAAUGCAAGUUGUGCAUGUUAUAUGUUCCAAAUGGCACAGAUGUGCUCGCACAGUUAACCGUUUAAUUGCAAUCAUGCAUUCAUCCCCUUACGCACUGACGAACACAGCUAAUCAGAAAAUAAGUGAAUUUUUUAAGUCUCAAACAUGCUAUAUCGAUUCCUCCUAUCUUCAAGAACUUGUGUGUUUGAGUCAGUAGAAAGCACUUUAAUAAGUUUUAUAUUUUAAUCAAAAUGACUUGUAGGAGAAGUAAAUAUAUGUGUAUGUAUAUAUAUAUAUAUUCCUCCUGUGUUUAACUGCUGGAGGAUUAUAUAAACUAUUGCAGAGCUUUGUGAGUGGACAAAGGUUGUUUUUGCGUGUUUUCUCUGAGCAAGUGGGCACGAACUAUUACUACAUCAAAACAGACUUGUCAUUGAAAUUGGGUGGUGAAGCCGUUCAUUGUUUUGUUAUAUGGAAACGUGAUUGGGUUUUGUGUUUUGCUUGUGCUGCUCACUGACAAGUUCCCAGACCCUUGUUCUACAGUUCUAAAUAACCUAAUCCCAAGCCGUGGGAUUAUACCUUUGAACUCAGUGGUCAUCAUAUUGGCAUUAGUCAUUUUAAAAGUAUUCACAUAUGCUGUCUCCAUGAAAGUAAUUGUGGUAUAUAUUAAAAUUUCCUGCAUUUCAUGUA